GUGGGCGGGCGCUGCUCUUCCUUAUCUCACGCAGCUCGAGUGCCGUUACAAUGUUAUUGUAAGGAUGUAAAUAUGACCAAAUAGAUCUAUUUCAGUUGCUGUAUAUCUAGGCUUCCGAACCUGCAGCAGACGCGGUUGCAGCAAAUCAAAUCAGGAAUAAUUGUCUGCUACGGUACCAGCAGUAUUUAGCCUACAGUAAUAUUCCGAGGGAGUUGGAACACCGGAGUACAAUGUUGAGCUGUUACCGUGAUCGAGGAUGUCUAAGGUCACGCCUCCAAUGUGAGUAAUCUCCAAUCACAGUCUAGUAUGGGUCAAGAUGGACACUUCGCCAUCCAAUCACACAUUGACCUCUGGCCAGUUGUGGCCAUGUCAGAACGGCUGGUCCGUAGCUCCACCCCAGACUGGAAGUCCUCCAAAGCCAGCCUGUCCCCCCUUACCCAACCUCCAGUACCUGACCCUGGGCUCCACCACCGCCCAGGGCCCUGGUGGUAACAACCUCCAACGGCCCAUACUGGAGAGCCAGGACCAGGACUGUGGAGGCACUUUCCCCCUCUUAUCAUCGCAGAGCCAGGGUUCUCUCAGCAUACACCCACCCACAGAUCCACACUGCAAACACAGGCCUUCCCACACACCAUCCCUACAACCACACCACAACAAUAUACUCCAAAGUCUUCCACUGGAGGUGCCUUGUUCAAACCUGGCAACCCACCACCCCCCUCCAACCACACUGGCCCUUCCCAACCGUGGACCCCCAUCCUCCAGUGGACCAAAAUCCUUACGAGGGCCCCCUCCGCUCAGGGUAGCCUCCUCCCAUGGAACCACCAAUGCCCGUCAGUCAUAUCAGGCUGAUGGAGAAGACCCCAGCCAUCCUCCAGAUAUGGGACACAGCCCGACCCAGGGGUCAUGGAGUACACGCCCCAUCCAGAGGUGUCCACCCCCCCCUGUCUGGUCCCAGUCCCCCUCCUCCCCAGUCCAGCCAGGGUGGUCUCCCUCCUCCCCAGUCCAGCCCGCCUGGUCUCCAUCCUCCCCAGUCCAGCCCGCCUGGUCUCCCUCCUCCCCAGUCCAGCCCGCCUGGUCUCCCUCUUGCCCUGUCCAGCCAGGCUGGUCUCCCUCCUCCCCAGUCCAGCCCGCCUGGUCUCCAUCCUCCCCAGUCCAGCCCGCCUGGUCUCCCUCCUCCCCAGUCCAGCCCGCCUGGUCUCCCUCUUGCCCUGUCCAGCCAGGCUGGUCUCCCUCCUCCUCAGUCCAGCCCGCCUGGUCUCCCUCUUGCCCUGUCCAGCCAGGCUGGUCUCCCUCCUCCCCAGUCCAACAGCAACCUCUUCUGGCCUCCCCUCAACAGCCAUACACUGGUGCUGGCUACACUGCUGAUACAGCAUCCCAUCCUUGCAGAGAACAGUCUCUACAGGAGGCCUCUACACAUCUGCCGUGUCUGUCUCCAGGAGAGACAGGGGCCACCUCCAGUCCCAGCUCUGAGUCCCGCUACGGUCUUCAGCCUCAGCUGUUACCCAGUGCUGUGAAGGUGAUGGAGGAUGACAGGGCAGAGUGGGAGGGGAGGGUGUUUGUGUCAGAGCUUGGCUCUUCUCUCCCUCCCCUGGCUACCACUGAGUGCAUCACAGAAGACAGGGGUAACGCCAGGCCAGGCUACAUGCGGGCGACCUCCUACUGUGUCCCCUGUGAGGGUCCCAUGGCCCUGCUCAGCCACCUCCCCCUGGGGGCCCUGGUCACUCCCCUGGCCCUGCCUGGGCCGCAGGAGCGCCCCCUGCCGGUGAGCAGUGAGGGGGAGUGUGUGCGAGGCUGUGGGGCGUGUGGGGCCUACAUGUGCCCAGCUGUGACCUGGCAGGACUGUGGCCAGAGGUUCUACUGCCCCUUCUGUGGGAAACUCAAUGAAGUGUCAUGGCAGCACUACCAGCCCACCAGGGGAACAGAAGGAGUGAGGAUGGACAGAGAGACGAGGCCAGAGCUCAGUCUGGGCUCCUAUGAGGUUGUCCGCAACCAGCAGGAGCAGCCUGCCGUGUUGCUCCUGGCUGUAGACGUGUCACCUCCGGCUCUGAGAGGAGGACACCUGGACCUCGUGUGCCGGGAGCUCCAGGCCCUCCUGUCGUCUCUGAACAAGGAGGAGGGUGCCGUCCAGUCAGGCGUGCGUGUGGGUUUGAUGACCUACGACAGCAGGAUCCACCUCUACGACCUCAGCCCCGCCCUGUCCCGCCCCCAUAUGCUGGUUGUCACGGAGACAGAGGAUUUCCAACUUCCUGUGAGGGAGGGACUCUUGGUUCCUCUCAGAGACUGUGUGGACAGCAUUGACAGUGUACUGCAGCUCAUCCCUCAGUUCAGUGCUGAGUGUAACGACUCCAGUGGAGCUCCUAUGGAACUGCCUGUGAAAGCUGGACUGGCUAUUCUACAGGCGCUGGGAUCUGUUGGGAAGCUGCUCGUCUUCCACUCUGCGCCUCUCAUGGAAGGAGCUCACACACAAACCUCAGGGUUCUUCAGUUCCAACAAAUCAAAGUCUCUCUUCCAGCCCUUGGAUUCGGAUGUCUCAUUGGCUAAGAAGUGUGUCAACCAGGGCUGUGGCCUCCACCUGUUUGCCUUCUGCCAGCAGGAUGUGGGCGGAGCUUGGCCAGGACACGUUCCAUACCUGACAGGUGGAGCUCUCCGCUCGUACGACAACCUCUUGGGGGAGCUGGAGAGGGAACGCUUUGGCAGGGACCUGCGGAUGAGUGUGGAGACCGAGACUGGGUACCGGGCCCAAAUCAAGAUUUUCGUCAGUAAAGACAUGCGUGUGUCGGGCUGUUACGGCUCCUUCGUCCCUGGACCUAGCCCCAGUAACGUCACCCUGGCAUCUCUUGAUUGGCGGACGACUUUGGCCAUUGAGCUGUCUCACAGCAGAGCUCUGGAGGAGAAGAGGGGCGUGGUCAUACAGGUUGUUCUGUCCUACACCAGCGAGCGAGGGGAGCGGAGGACGCGGGUCCACACCCUGACUCUGCGCUGCUCACGCCACCUGCUGGACACCUUCCGCCACUGCCAGGCCCAGACGCUGCUCACCUUCUACUGCAAGAAGAUGUACUGCUCAGCGCUGGAGCGCCCCCUGCAGGACCUGAGAGAGGAACUGCAGACGGAGGUGACGGAGGCGCUGGCCUGCUACAGGAAACACUGCAGCUCCACCUCCGUGUCCCCGGGUCAGCUGGUGCUCCCCCAGCACCUGCGGGUCCUGCCCGUCUACAUCAACAGCCUGAGGAAGAGCGAAGUGCUGCUGCCGGCCCAGCGCUGCUCCGUGCACACGCGCCUGGCGCUGCGCAGCCAGCUGGUCGCCAUGGACACCGCCUCCACCGCACGCCACUUCUACCCCCUGCUCCUGCCACUGCAGACAGGGUGCGAUGACAUGGCUGGUGAUGCCAGCGGCCCCAGCCUGGGGCCGGCCCUGCGCUGCUCUGGAGCCAGCCUGGAGCCGGGGGGGCUGUACCUGGCCAGCUCCCCCCUCAGCCUGCUGAUCUGGGUGGGCCACACCGUCCCUUCACACACCCUGGAGCUGCUAUUCAACACGCGCUGCCUGGCAUCCCUGCCCUCUGGAGAGACGAAGCUGCCUGUCCUUGACAACCCUCUCUCCAUCAGCGUGAGAUCUCUCCUCCAGACGCUGGGCUCUCAGGGGCCCACAGCCCUCAAGGUGAGCUCCCCUGAGGGGGAGUCACAGGCCUGGGAGGGACCCUCUGGACUGUCUGGGAAUCGGACUCUGCUCCUCUCUCUUUUAGCUGUCUCUAUCUAUGUCUCUCUCUCUCUCUCUCUCUCUGUCUGUCUCUCUCACUCUCGCUCUGUCUCUCUCUCUUUCUCACUCUCGCUCUGUCUUUCAAUCUCUCUCUGUCUCUAUCUUGUUGAUAUGACAGCCAAAUGACAGCUAAAUAUGUCAUGAAUGGCUCUUCAGAUAAAUCAACAUGUUUGUGUGUAUACAUGUGUGUGUGCAUGUGUGUGUGCUCCCCCUCCCCAGCUGGUGGUGGUGAAGCAGGGGGACAGUGGUGAGGAGUCCCUGCAGCGCCUCCUAGUGGAAGACAAGAGUCCCAACGGCGGCGCAUCAUACG